AUCUCAGUGUGUGCGUGUGUGUGUGUGUGUGUGAGAGUGUGUGUGCGUAUUAUGGGUUUGUAGGAGUAAAGCGUCUCCCAGUCAGACCAGUUUUUCCAGUUUGAGCUUGAGAACUCACAGCACUACAGCGCAGCACAGCUCAGCACAGCUCCUUCACACUAACGCGGAGCGAAUAUGGAGCAAUAAAUCAACAUAAAACAACCCAAAGGAUUGAAAGAAUUUGGUUUCAGAUCGUGUGUAGUCUGUCAGGAUGAGCACCCGGAGGCGUGCAGACUCCCAGGAUUCCCUGGAGGAGCCGGACGAUGAGGUGGUGCCCUACAGUGACGAUGAGACGGAUGAUGAGUUAGAAGAUGAGCUGGAUCAGACUCAGGAUCAGCUGCCCGAGGAGCCAGGAGUAGAAGCCCGACCGGCACCUGCUGCUGUUGAGGCCGGAUGGAGCGUCCGAGCAAAUGACCGGGAAUACUGCAAACGACCAGAAUUCCAGAAGAAGGUCUUUCUGUGCAUCAAAAAAAGCAAAUACUCUGGAAAUGCAAUCAAGACCUACAAAUACAACGUCAUCACUUUUCUCCCUCUGAAUCUGUACGAGCAGUUUAAAAGAGCGGCCAAUCUCUAUUUCCUCUGUCUGUUGAUCCUUCAGAUCAUUCCUCAAAUUUCUACUUUACCCUGGUACACCACCCUGGUGCCUUUAGUGUUGGUGUUGGGCAUCACUGCCAUCAAAGAUCUGGCAGAUGACCUGGCGCGACACAGGAUGGACAAUGAAAUUAACAACAGAAAAUGUGAUGUGCUGCUCAACGGCAGGUUUGUGGAGACGAGGUGGAUGAAUAUACAAGUAGGCGACGUUGUCCGAUUAAAGAAAAAUGAUUUCAUUCCUGCCGACAUCUUGACGUUGUCCAGUUCGAACCCAAACAGUCUGUGUUACGUAGAGACGGCAGAACUUGACGGAGAGACGAAUCUGAAGUUUAAGAUGGGUCUGAAGGUGACGGACGAACGUCUUCAGGAGGAAAAUCAGCUGGCAAACUUUAACGCGAUGAUCAUGUGCGAGGAGCCGAACAAUCGUCUGGAUAAGUUUGUUGGGACGAUGAUCUGGGAGUCUCAAAGUUACGCGCUCGAUCUCGAUCACAUGCUGCUCAGAGGCUGUAAGAUUCGUAACACAGAUGUGUGCCAUGGAUUGGUCAUAUUCGCAGGAAAUGACACUAAAAUCAUGAGGAACGGAGGAAAGACCAGGUUCAAACGCACAACGAUAGACAAGCUCAUGAACUACAUGGUCUACACAAUCUUUGUGUUGUUGAUUUUGAUAUGCGCCGGUCUGGCCAUCGGACACACAUACUGGUACGAGAGCAUCGGGAUGAAUGCCUGGUAUCUUAAUGAUGGCCUGAAUCAAACUUCAUCUUACAGAGGCUUCCUCAGUUUCUGGGGUUACAUCAUCAUCCUCAACACCAUGGUCCCAAUCUCUCUUUACGUUAGUGUGGAGGUCAUCCGACUGGGUCAGAGUAAAUUCAUUAACUGGGAUCUGCAGAUGUACUACGCUGAAAAAGACACGCCGGCCAAAGCCAGAACCACAACCCUGAACGAACAGCUGGGACAGAUCGAAUACAUCUUCUCUGAUAAAACCGGCACGCUCACUCAGAAUAUCAUGGCCUUUAAAAAGUGCACCAUCACUGGACGAUCCUACGGGGAACCAACUAAUUCAGAAGGUGUCUCUUUGGAACGUGGAAAGCCUGCGGAUUUCAGCUGGAAUAAACACGCUGACAAGAAGUUCCAGUUUCACGACAGUUUCCUCGUCACCUGUAUUCGCUCAAAGAAAGACCCACAGAUGUUGGAGUUCUUCAAACUUCUCUCUCUGUGUCACACUGUCAUGGUGGAACAAAAAGAAGAUGAGUUGGUCUAUCAGGCCGCAUCUCCCGAUGAGGGCGCUCUGGUCACGGCCGCGCGCAACUUUGGUUUUGUGUUCCUGUCCAGAACCCAGGACACCAUCACCAUCAGUGAGAUGGGUGAGGAAGCCACCUAUGAGUUGCUUGCACUGCUCGACUUCAACAGCGACCGCAAACGCAUGUCCGUCAUCCUGAGGUUUCCAGACGGCAGACUCCGUCUGUACUGUAAGGGCGCUGACACGGUGAUCUAUCAACGGCUUGCGGAAAAUAGUCCGAAUAAAGAGACGACACAGGAGGCUUUAGAUAUCUUUGCGAAUGAGACUUUGCGGACUUUGUGUCUUUGUUAUAAAGACAUCAGUGAGUCAGAUUAUGAAGCCUGGGCACAGAAACAUCAGAUCGCCAGUGUUUCAAUGGGCAAUCGUGACGAAGCUCUGGACGUCGUGUAUGAAGAGAUCGAGAAGGACCUUAUGCUGAUCGGCGCGACGGCCAUCGAAGACAAACUUCAGGACGGAGUGCCAGAGACCAUCGCAAAACUGGCCAAGGCUGAUAUAAAGAUCUGGGUUUUGACUGGAGACAAGAAAGAGACGGCUGAGAACAUCGGCUUCUCCUGCCAGCUACUGACAGAGGACAUGAAGCUCCACUAUGGAGAAGAUGUGAAUGAUCAACUGAAGGAACGACAGACCAGAAGACGCAACGACCCGCAAGGAAGGAACAAGAAGAUAAAGGAACCGUUUUUCACAGGACCUGACAAGAACGCUCUCAUCAUCACUGGAGGCUGGCUGAAUGAAAUACUCUAUGAGAAGAAGAAGAAACGUCGCCGUCUGCGCCUGAAGAAGCUCGGCAAACGACACACGAAUCCCAACAAGCCUUCGGACAUCAAUCAGCCCAUCGACGACUGGGAGAAAGAGAAACGUCAGGAAGAUUUCGUGGAUAUGGCGUGUGAAUGUAGCGCGGUGAUCUGUUGCAGAGUGACACCCAAACAGAAAGCGAACGUUGUCAGUCUGGUGAAACGCUGCAAGAGGGCUGUGACCUUGUCUAUUGGUGAUGGAGCAAAUGAUGUCAACAUGAUCAAGACUGCAGACAUUGGUGUGGGAAUAAGUGGUCAGGAGGGGAUGCAGGCUGUGAUGUCCAGCGAUUACGCUUUCGCUCAGUUUCGUUAUCUAGAGCGUCUUCUGCUGGUUCACGGACGCUGGUCCUACAUCCGCAUGUGCAAGUUCCUCGGCUACUUCUUCUACAAAAACUUCGCCUUCACCCUGGUGCACUUCUGGUUCUCUUUCUUCAAUGGAUUUUCCUCACAGACGGCGUAUGAAGACUGGUUCAUCACCCUGUAUAACGUUUGCUACAGCAGUCUGCCCGUUCUCCUUGUCGGCCUUCUGGAUCAGGAUGUGAAUGAUAAACUGAGUUUACGCUUCCCGAAGCUUUACCUUCCGGGUCAGCUAGGGGUGAUGUUCAACUAUAAGACUUUCUUCGUCAGUUUGUUUCACGGCAUCUUCACAUCCCUCAUCAUCUUCUUCAUCCCGUACGGUGCGUUCCUGCAGACUAUGGGACAGGAUGGUGAGGCGCCGUCAGACUAUCAGUCGUUAGCUGUGGUUGCAGCUUCAUCCCUCAUCAUCACCGUCAACCUGCAGAUCUCUUUGAAUACCUCCUACUGGACCUUUGUGAACUUUUUCGCUGUUCUCGGCAGUAUAGCAAUAUACUUUGGGAUCAUGUUUGACAUCCACAGUGCGGGAAUUCACGUCAUUUUCCCAUCAACAUUCACUUUUACAGGUGCUGCAUCUAACGCUCUCAGACAGCCGUAUCUGUGGCUUACCAUCAUUCUGACCGUGGGAAUCUGUCUCCUUCCUGUCGUCUGCAUCCAGUUCCUCUAUCAAACCAUUUGGCCAUCUGUUGGAGACAGGAUUCAGAAAAACAGGAAAAAGUAUGAAAAGGAGGACGAAGAGGAGGAGAGAAAGAAGAGGAAGCCAACAUUCCAGCGCGGUGCACGAUCUCGCCGCUCCGCAUACGCUUUCUCACACUCCACCGGUUACGCCAACCUUAUCACGACGGGUCGCAGUAUACGUCAGCGGCCGCGCACUCGCCCUGAGCUCAGAGACAGCAUACGAGAGGUCCCUCAGGCCGAAAACAUCUAAGGAAAAAAACUACACGAACUGCAGUCCAUAUGCACUCCUAACCACUGCCCUUAUACACUCAAUAACUGCUUCGUAGUAAAUACUAAAUGUGUUUGACCAAUCAGAUCUGAGUGGCCCGCUGAAAUGAGCGAAUGAGAAGAGGCAUUGUGUCAUUUAAGGGGAGGGGUUUAACGGAUGAACCAUUGGGAGAUGGGGAAUUUCUGUAAGGGGAAAGUACAAGUAAACACUCACCGAUAACCAGUUUUGGUUUUUAUGUUGUGCGCUGCGUACAACAAAUUGUUUAUCUCAGGAUUUUAUGUUUAUGUUUUAUGGAGGGUGGGACCAUGAUUUGCUUGUUGCACGUCUACAAUUAAGGGUCCUUUGUGCGAAUGCGAGUGUGUUUGUGUGUAUGCGUAUGUGUGUCCGCUUUCGAUCUCACCACCAAUGAAAGAAACCGGAAAGGGCGACUCUGUAGACUAACAUUAAACUAUGUGAAUGCAUUUAAAUGUGAACACUGUAAGGAAUUAUCAUCGUGAUUUCUUAUACCUUUUGUCAAAGCGAAAUCUUACAAACCUCACUAUAACUUUUCCUCCUCACAGUUUAAGCUUUCAGGGUGUUGGUGGCUGUUUUACAUGAUGUUCCUUACGGGUAAUCGUUUCACUUAAUGGGGGAAUGAAUGCGGUAAAUCCUCAUGUUUACAUUAACACUAAAGCUCAUGUUUAUUAAGAACCUCCAUUAUCAGUGGUCAUCAUUCCUGAUCAGUUUUUUUUAAAGUGUCCUUUGAAAACUGCCCAAAAAGUCAUACGUUUUUUUUAAUGUACCCAUCUGUGACAUACUGUUUCAUUGUUGUUUUAAAUGGGUCGUGUUGCUUUCAGAAACAGUCUACUGUAAUGGAAUGAAGUCAUAAUAAUAAUAAUAAUCUUGUUAUCCCUCAUCAUGGAGUUUUGGCUCUGCACUAUGCAACAGGGAAUUGGGGUGGAGAUCUCUUUCUCAUUUUAACACUAGUUACAAAACAACUGUUACAUGAGUUUAUAUAAUCUAUAAUAUUAUAGUAUCAUUUAUGAAUAAUGAAACAUAUUUAUUAUGUUGGCUGGCUAUCAAUGUUCGUAUUUAAUAAACCAAAACCUUUAAAAGGAGAAUCUAUUCAGCCAAAGACAAGUGCCUUAGAAUUUGACCAAUCUACUUUUAACAAACUUGUGGAUUGACUCUCUUGUACUGUAAUAUACUUGCACAAAUGUAUAAAUAAAGAAGAUAUCAUAGAA